AUGGAGGAGAAGAGAAACAUAGUCAUUGUCGGAGGCGGCAUCAUCGGCUGCACAACCGCCUACUACCUGACCCGCCACUCUAAGUUCAACCCUGCUUUGCACACCAUCACCCUUCUGGAAGCCGCUCCAUCUGUGGCAACGGGCGCUUCGGGCAAGGCGGGCGGCCUUCUUGGGCUCUGGGCCUAUCCCGUGUCUCUUGUUCCGCUGUCGUACGGGCUCCAUGCAGAGCUUGCGGCAGAACACGACGGAGCCAAUCGCUGGGGCUACCGCAAGCUAAAGUGCGGCAGCAUCGAGGCGGUGGUUACCAAAAAGAAGCUAGGCGAGCGCCAGAAGUCUGCAGGUGAGCAUGGCAAGGAGUGGGAGAAGCUCCCAAAGCAGGAUGAGGCUGCCAUGGAGCUGCUUCAGGACGAAGAACUGCCUGCAGACCUGGAUUGGAUAGACAGAGAAGUGGUCAGAGGAUGGGCCGAAAUGGGGUCUCCGGGAGCUACCGAGACUGCCCAAGUGCAUCCAUUCCACUUUACUACUUCAAUUGCAGAGCUGGCUCGGAAGGGGGGCGCUUCCAUCAGAACGAAUGCAAAGGUGACAAGACUCAUCACCACAAAAACAGGCGUCGAAGGAGUCGAAUAUCUAGACCGGACAACCAACGAGACUAACAAGAUUACCGACGUGACCGAUAUUAUUGUUGCAGCUGGACCGUGGACUGGUCGAGUACUUCCUCGGUCCAAGGUUGAAGGCCUGAGAGCACAUAGUGUCGUCUAUGAUGUCGAUGUCAGUGCGUACGCCGUUUUCACAGACAUCGAAUUGCCCUCAGACUUUAUCCCAGAACAUCGGGCAAAAUUGGGACAGAAGAGACAACACAGGGGGAGAGUAGACCCCGAAAUUUAUGCACGGCCCUUUGGCGAGGCAUAUGCUUGCGGUGAGCCAGACAGCGUCGUGCCGCUGCCAGAAACGGCUGAUCAGGUUCAAUUCGACGAAGCCUACUGCGACGACAUCAUCUCUUAUUUCGCAACCGUGAGUCCCGUACUGGCCGCUGCGCCUAUCAAGGCCAAACAAGCCUGCUACUUGCCACGGCACAUUCGAUUUGGACAAGAGAGUGGUCCUCUCAUAGGACCAACGGUGACACCUGGUCUGUGGGUUGCUGCCGGCCAUACUUGCUGGGGGAUCCAGAACGGUCCGGGGACGGGAAAGCUAAUGUCGGAGUACAUAUUUGAUGGCGAGGCCAAAAGUGCCAAUGUGGCUAGUCUGGAUCCACGCAAGUUCAAGGUUUGA